ACCCGGGCUGCCGACUCCAGCUCAUUGUGUUCAGCCUGCGAUGUGGCGGUUGCGGUUUCUCGCCGCGGGCAGAGGCUCCUCCAAGGGCAAUCCUGUGGUGACCAGGUACGGCGGGCAGAGCCGCGUCGGGAGAGCGGGAUCGGCCGUGGGGUAGUCGGGCCCCGGGGGGCAGGGCUGCGGGAAAGAACGGCGACUCGGUACGGGUAGUAGUCCGUGCCGGAGGACGCUGAUCCGAUACCCCAAACUUCUCGGGACAUAUGACUGAGUUUGAUUUCACAGAGGAAAGGGGAGGACGGCCAGGUUCAGGCUGUUGGCUUUAGGGUCCGAAUGUGCGAGCGCAUGUGGAGGAGGAUGCGGUCCAGGCCUCUGCGUGUGUCUCGGAGGAGCCGACUCCGGGGAGCCGGGGGACGCCUCCAGAGGUGGAUGCUCCGGGCUGUGACGGAGCCCUGUCUGCGGACCUCGCCGAGGCCCGGCAGCCGCAGCCGCAGUCGCGGCAGCAGCUUCCGCGAGGACCCGGCAGAGGGCCGGAGGGCCGGUUGUAUGAAGGAGACUCCCCGCCGCCCAGACACACAAAUGCACUGCCUCUCGCCCACUCUGGCUCUUUGUCAUCCAGACUGGGUGGAGGGGAAGAGGCCUGAGGUCAGAGAAGGGCUUGGCCUGAGAGGCCUUGGCAGUGACGAUCGAGCCCUCGUAGCUUGCCUUUGGAGGAGAAAGAAGACCAUCUUUCUCCACUUCAUCCACUCUCCUUCCAGGCAGGGGGGAAACUUCUCUUGAGACCUGUCAGGUGUGUAGAAGUUUCUAGCCUUGGUCCCAUUCUGCCAGUCUCUGAAAGGGCUUAUCAGAGAAGGAAUGGCUGUCAGGCACUUGCCACCCAUGGUCCAGGAAUCAGUGACCUUCAAGGACGUGGUCGUGCUCUUCACCCGGGACGAGUGGGCACAGCUGAGCCCUACUCAGAGGGCCCUUUACAGGGAUGUGAUGCUGGAGAACUACAGCAACCUGGUCUCACUGGGACUCUUAGGACCCCAGUCAGAUGUGUUUUCCCGACUGGGAAAAGGAGAAGAAUGGAUGCUGGAGGACACGUUGGGAAGCUUCUGUCUUGACUGGAUGACUAUGCCUGUGAGUAAGAACUCUCCUCCCAAGCCGGAUAUUCCUGAUCAGGACUUGGAUCAGUGGAUGAUAAAGGAAGGAUUCACUAGAGAUAACCACUGGAAAUACGAUUGCCAGUUGGAAUGGCAGCAUGGAGGCCAGGGGGUACUUGCUCACCAGAAGACCCCCUCUGUGCUCCACGCCCAGGCUGGGGAUGAACCUGGGAAGCAGUGCACUGUGAGCUCAUCUUUUGAUCAGAGUCAGGAAUUUCAAUCUAGCAAAAAAGCCUUUGAGUGUAGUGAGUGUGGAAAAGUCUUCACUAAAAGUUCAACCCUUAAUAAACAUCAGAAAGUUCAUACUGAAAAACUGAAUGCAAAUCGGAAAACUGUUAUUAAAGAGAAACGAUAUGAAUGUAGAGAAUGUGGGAAAGCCUUUCACCAGAGUACACACCUUAUCCACCACCAAAGAAUUCACACUGGCGAGAAACCGUACGAAUGUAAAGAAUGUGGCAAGGCCUUCUCUGUGAGCUCCUCACUCACUUACCAUCAGAAAAUUCACACCGGAGAGAAACCUUUCGAAUGCAACUUAUGUGGGAAAGCUUUUAUCCGAAACAUACACCUUGCCCACCAUCAUAGAAUUCACACUGGAGAGAAGCCUUUUAAAUGUAACAUAUGUGACAAAGCCUUUGUGUGCAGGGCACACCUUACCAAACACCAGAAUAUUCAUAGUGGAGAGAAACCUUAUAAAUGUAAUGAAUGUGGAAAAGCCUUUAAUCAGAGUACGAGUUUUCUUCAGCAUCAAAGAAUUCACACUGGAGAGAAGCCCUUUGAAUGUAACGAAUGUGGAAAGGCCUUCAGGGUGAACUCUUCCCUGACAGAGCAUCAGAGAAUUCAUACUGGAGAGAAACCUUAUAAGUGUAGCGAAUGUGGGAAAGCUUUCAGGGAUAAUUCAUCCUUCGCUCGACAUCGGAAAAUUCAUACCGGAGAGAAACCUUACAGGUGUGGUUUGUGUGAGAAAGCCUUCAGGGACCAAUCAGCCCUAGCCCAACAUCAGAGAAUUCAUACUGGAGAAAAACCUUACACGUGUAAUAUAUGUGAGAAAGCCUUCAGCGACCAUUCAGCCCUCACUCAACAUAAGAGAAUCCACACCAGAGAAAAACCUUACAAAUGUAAAAUCUGCGGGAAAGCAUUUAUUCGAAGCACACACCUUACUCAGCAUCAGAGGAUUCACACAGGAGAGAAGCCCUAUAAAUGUAAUAAAUGUGGGAAAGCUUUCAACCAGACUGCAAACCUCAUUCAGCAUCAGAGACAUCAUAUUGGAGAAAAGUGAUAGGAUUAUAGUUUAUAUGGCAGAACUUCGAGACCAAGUGUGUUAAUUAUUGAAUGUAAGCGAAUCCAUUCCAGAGAAUAGCCAUGAAAACUUCGGUGAAGAUGGAAUUUUUAUUUACAGAGAGUCAACCUUCACGGUACUGUGGGUUUGAGAAUUUAAGAAUGGCAUGCCCUCCUAGUUCAGAACUGCCUCAGUUGAAUAACAGUAAUGUUUAAUUAGUCUGAAUUAUCAAAUAUUGUAACCAAAAUGAAGCUUCAUUAACAACA